GGUUAAUACCGGACUAAACCGAAGGCUAGCCGGGUAGCGCAUAGGCAAGUCAAAAAGUUAUGAUUUGGUAAACACUGCCUAAAAUAUAUAUUUGAUACAAAAUGGAUUAGUACAAAAACCUAAAAUUUUAAUCAACAAGAUGGUAUAGUACCUAUAAAUGUUUAUGGAUGAAAGAAAACGUUCUGGCUUACAAUUUAAUCGAAAUUGCAUCUGCAAUCGUGUUAUGCUAACAUCAAACUCCUCACCAUAAAACAAACGUAAUUCGAGGGCCGUAUGCUAUGGCUAAACAUCAAGUUUCGUGGACACCAGCACUUGAGCCCCAGAAAGCUGCCACUUAUGGCAAUCAAGGAAUGAUUAUUACUUCUCCAACGGAAUUGCACAAUCUGAAUGUUAAUUAUGCCGUGGUGUUUGAGGGAUCAAAGAAAUAUCAUAUUGCUAUUGCUGACAUAGUUAAUCCUUACACUCUUCAUGUAAUCAUUCCAGAACAUGAUACUGCUGAAGAAGUUGCUGUAAAAGUUUAUUCGUACCAAGAGGAAAAGCAGCAUCCAAUACUGAACCUCAAGUUCACAUAUACCUCGCAGAUUGAGCAUGAAAUAGCUAAGUUUUUGGCACAAAGUACUUUAGAUGAGAAUGAUAUAUUGGAUGCAAAUUGGAUGGUUAGUCUCAUAAAGGAUAAUUCCAGUUUGUGGGAUAGAAGAUUGGCAAAAGCUUUUGCUCAGUUGUACCUCCCAAUUGAAUGGACUUUAGUUGGUGACUUCAGUAAAAAUGAAAAUAAACCAAAAGAAACUUUACUACAUUUUGCUGCUCAGUAUGGACUCAAAGAUUUUAUAAAUGUGCUUCUUAAUUUACCUGGAGCAAAUCAAGCUUUAUCUACGUGCAACAUAUCAGGUUUACUACCAAGAGAUGUUGCACGUGAGAGUGGAAGAAUCGAACUUGUUGAGAUUUUAGAUGCAGAAAGUAGUAAAGAUAAUCAUAGAAAUGGAACAUUGACAAGUGAUACUCGUAAACGAAAAGUGAAACAUAAUAUUGAGAAGGGUACAGCAACUAUAAGCAACAUUAAAGGUCAAAACAUUGAAGAAGAUAUAUCUGUUUUGAUGGAAUUGAGUAAGCUGAAUGGAAAGGGAGCUUUGCCUCUUUCAAGGCAUUCAUGGCCUGUGAAUAUGCAUUCAAAAAAUGAGGAAACCUAUCAAAAUAAUCAUGAUGAGAAUUUGUUUCACUUAAGCGAUAUCCAAGAAGAGCCACAUGGAUUGCAUAGUCGAGCAGAUAAGGAGGAGAGCGGAUUGACAGUUGAUCAUGAGCAAAAACAAGAUACUUCCACUUUAGAAGAUACAAAGCCACAAUCACCAGAAAUUGCAUUCCCUGUUUUGGAAGACAAACACCACGAUGACGAAGUUGAACCUUUUAUAGCGCCACCAAGUCACACGCUUGCAGCCUCACCUAUUCCUGACGCAUCUUUCUCAUUUGCAAAAGAUUCUGAAUUGGAAACACGACCUACUGGACGAAAGGGGCGGCCGAGUACUUGGUAUGGUGGCCCACAAGUUUUGCCUUUUUCUGAAAAUGAAGAAGAAUUGAGGCAAUCUAACAGUCUCGAGGAUUUUGCCAAAGCGCUUGCAGACUUAAGUGAUGAUGAAUCACUUGCUUCGGCCUCUUCAGAAAGUGUAUUAAAAGACGGCUUGCUUCAGACAGCAAGCUUUUCAGUUGAAAAUGAAAAUCGUACUGAGAGUUUUGUGUCAUCGGCUAGAGAUUUUAGCGCUGGCAAAGACAGUGAUACGGAGAACGAUCAUGAGGACAAUUGUCGCGAUCAAUCUGAUGGAAAAGUAGUAAAAUUUACCGAAGUCGCUGUUGGGAGUAUGAUGGAGCCUAAGGAUGUUAAAAUUGAUCAUGUCGAAGAUACUGGUGUAGACUUAGAACAUCGCACUUACGACGAUGAACAUACCCUUGCUAAUGACAGAGUUGAAAAUGGAUCUAAAAGUGAUGAUUUGAAAAUGUUGGUAGAUGUUGAUGAUGACAUUGCCUUAGAAGAGGAACAUGAAGGUAUUGAAAUGAAUGAUGAUUGCAAUGCAAUUCAAGGUGAAAAUACUGCAGCCAGCAACGAAGAGGUAAAUGAUCAGGUCAAUUUCCCGAAGUCUUAUCACAGGGAGCUAGAGCUCAAUGAUGCAAUGGAAGGGUUUUCAGCUAAGAUAAAUGAGCGAGACGAGACAACAGACGAAAGAGGGAAUAUGCAAAACGCAAGUGGAAGGACUGAGGAUGAUGAUUUUUGCAAUGUCAAUUCUAAGGAAACUGAAAUAGAAUCAAACACCGUAACUAUGAAUUAUGAAAAUAUUGAUGAAAAAUCUUGGAAUGAGAAAAAUUCAUACGCCAAUGAUAAUCCAGAAAACACGCUGAAUGAACACCAAAAAAUCGAUGAAAAUCAACCCGAUGAAGAGGAUGGGAAAAUUAGUCCUGUUUUAGUUACAGGCGAAAAAUAUUUCAAAGAUGAAACUAAAGCAUUCUCCACGUUUAACGAUGUGGAAGAGAUUCUUCCUUUGAAAGCAGGCGAUGGGAACAGGAAUGAAUUGUUUGAUAAGGAAUCUGUGCGCAAUGAAAAUGAGUCAGAUAUUGACAGUUUUGAAAUUACCAAUGUAGAUGAAGGAAAGUCAAGUGAAAAUCAGGAUGAUUACGAAGAAAAACUAGCUUUAGUUGGUGAGGAUGGUUUGGGAAAUAGUUCUGGUGAUUUGUUUCAGAAAGAAGAGUUAUCCCUAAGCAAUACCCAAUCUUCUCUGAACAGUCAAUCAGAUAAAGGUGAAUCACUUGCUGAACAUGAAGAUCAAUCUCGUGAUCAAAUUGUGAGCGCACAAAAUUCAUUCGUGUACGAAGACUCUUCGAAGAGCAAAGAAACUUCUGCUUUCUCAAGGGUUGGCAAAGAUGUUACUGAGGUUUUUGAUGAUGGUUGGAAAUUGAGACCAGAAGGCAAAGACUAUUCAUCUGAUUUUGUAACGUCUGGUAAAAGAGAUAAUGAAUUGAAUGUUAAUGAUGAUGAUGUAGGAGAUGAUAAUGAGGAUAAGUCAGAAUUAGCCGAAGAUGUGUAUGGUACAAAGAUAAAAUUUGAAAAUCUGAAGGAUGUAGAAUGUGAAGUGAAAGAUUUUUGUCUUCCUGGAGUCAAUAUUGAUCGAAACGAACAAUUAUUUCGUGUACUGGCAACGGAUGAUACAGAGUCAAGUAAUGAUCUCUAUACAAAAAAGCGAAUUAGAUUUGAAGAUGAUUGCUCUUCAAUCACUGAUGACGACUUUUCACCUAUUUGUGAAGAUUCCUCUCCUAUCGCUGAAGAUUCAUCUUCACUUUCACUGUCGGAUUCAUUAACUAGCUCUUCCUUCAGACAACGUUCAUCACCCCUUCUCGGAGUCAAAACUCACGUCACACGAAGUGGAAGUAACAUAUCUGUGACCUCAUUGCAAGAUGUGAAGUCUGAUGACAGUGCAACCAUUCGCGAUGAAAAUCCAACUGGUGUUCUCAACCCUUCGAGAAAAGCCAAAUCGUAUGGGGAUAUAAGAAACCUAACCGAAAGUCUUAUGAAAGAAGACGAAAAUGAAUCAGAGAAUGAACGGAAACGCAUUAAUGAAGAUCAUGCGGUUCUACGACGCACAAAGAAAUCUGACCUACCAUCGAGAUAUUCCAGUAGUGACCAUUUAAAUCAGAUCUCACAUUCAAGAAUUCUUAAUGACAUAGAGGCCAAGGAAACUGGUCAAAGACGUUGGAGUAACUUCUUUAUACCAAAAAAUUCGAAGACGACGAAGAAACCUGGUCGCACUCCAACUUUUCGCCGAGACACGCUACGGUCUUCCAUGAUUAGUCUCGGAAAGGGAUCAAAGCCCGCGGCAAAAAAUGUAGGGGAAUCGUUAACUUAUGUUGCGCAACAAUCAAAUUUAUGGGCGAAACCGACUUCGGCUGGGGCCAUGACAAACAGCAGUCGGCAAAAAUCGUUUACAAGGGACUCUCCUGGAACAUCUCGCAAAUCUUCAACAUUAAAUUUGCUAGAUCAAGAUGAGAAGAAACCGGACUCUCCGGAAGAAAUGGACGUUGCAAGUGAUGACAUAAUCUUUGAUGUUGAUCCUGAUUUGGAGAAUUUCGACAUUGAACCAGAAGCUUGGAGCGUGACCGUUGAGAAGAAAGUGUUAAAAAAGAUGAGCAGACAUGAAAUAAAACGACAAGAUGUUAUUAUGGAGCUGAUUCAGACAGAGAAACACCACGUGCGGACUUUAAAAAUCAUGCAACAAGUGUUUUAUCGCGGGCUCAGCAAUUUAGGGAGCAUUCCAUCAGAUCGCUUGAAUGAACUCUUUCCAAGAAUAAACGACUUGGUGGAAAUAAGCUCACGCUUUCAUAGAAACCUUAGAUGUCGUCAAGACGAAAAUACCGUGGUGCAGAAUAUAGGUGAUGUGAUUGUAAAACAGUUCAGUGGUGAUAAUGGCAAUCAGAUGAAGCAAAUUUAUGGAGAGUUUGUCAGUAAACACCCUGAAGCCGUGGCACUUUAUAAGCAUUACUUUAAAACAGACAAAAAGUUCUCUAGUUUUAUUAAUAAAUACCAAAGUCACAGGGUCGUUCGUCGUUUAUCCAUCCCAGAAUGUUUCACGUUGGUAACACAAAGAAUGACAAAAUACCCACUGCUGAUAGAGGCCAUCCUCAAGGCCACCAAGUCAUCCAAUACGGAUUAUAAAGAAUUACAAACAGCCCUUAUUCUUGUUAAGAAUGCUACGACAGCAAUAGACAAUGCCAUCAAGGACUACGAAAAGCAAUCACAAUUAAAGGACAUUAAAGCCAGAAUGGAAAAGGGUGGGGUUGUAUUAAAGAACGGUGUGAAACUAAAGAACAGUCGCUUUGUUGAGUACAAUAGCAAGAUGAUUCAUCAUGGAAAUUUGCUAUGGAAGAACGCGAGAGGAAAACUUACAGAAACACACGUUGUGUUACUUGAAAGUAUGGUAGCAUUCUUACUGGAAAACGAUAAGAAAUUCAGUCUUCUUUCUAUAGAUGGCAAGUCUCCUUGUAUUGCUUUGAAAACAUUGAUGGUGCGAGAAGUUGCUACAGAUAAAUGUUCAUUGUAUUUUGUGAGUACAAGCAAGGAAAGACCGGAUAUGUAUGAGUUUGUGUGCAGCAGCCAAAAAGAGAAGAAACAAUGGUGUCAAAUUAUUAAUGAGGCUAUUUUAAAGGCGCCUGAAGAUACUGGUGAACUGUUUUAUUCGCAAGAAGAAGAAAAAAGAUUAGCAGAAGAACGCGUGAAACGGCGAAAUGAUUUGUUAGAAAUCAUGAAAGGAAAGGAUAAUGAGCUCUCUCAAUUAGUCGACGAAAAAAAUAAGCUGGUGAACGAUAUGAAGAAUUUAUGGCCUGAAGGCAACGGAAAGGUAAAGGAAAAUGAAAGAAUAACAAGUAUCGAGAAAGCAAAGUCAUUUCUUCUAACCGUAAUCCAUCGCACAACUCAAUUAACUGCUGACUCAGCAUUGAUUCACGAGUCCCAUUCCGACUCCGAAAUUGCAGCGGCCACGUACGAGAAGAGAAUCAACUCGCCCAAACGAGCCGAAACGUUCGGUGGUUUUGAUCGUCGACCAAGUCAGAAAUCAUUACGAUGGGAAACGGCGACAAUACCCGAAGGCAAGCCGGAGGAAAACAAUGUCCAAAGACGAGACAGUGGACUCAGUUUAGCUAGUGAAUCCGUCAUGGCUCUCAACAGCCUCGCCCAAUCACAACCGGAAGUUGGCGGAAGUACGUCAUUCCAAAUACUUGAUGCUUUACAAUGGAUUCUAGUGCAGUUUUCUCGUCAAGAAACUGUGUUGGAAACCUUUCGUAUGGAGAUGCAAGCAACCACAGAAGAGAUGAAAAAAGUUCGUUUACAAAAAACGGAGAACGACAAAAGACACAUGUUGAUGAAAGAAGAGCAUCAGGCUGAAUUAACUCGACAGAAGAAAGAUUAUGAGGACUUAGAAAAAACAUUUAAUAAUCAAGUCGCUGAACUAAAGUUAAAACUGAAUUCCCAGCAAGAGAAACACAAUGCUCUAUUGAAAAAUUUUGAACAACUUAAGGGUUAUCUCUCAAACAGUAAAUGAUCUUGAAUGAAUCGUCCAUCAAGUAAAAGACGAUGUGCAUUUAGUUCAACGCAAGUUUUUCCAUCGUGUGUAUAUAGAGAGAGAACGAGAAGCCAUGAAAUUCCUAUGGAACACAUAUGUUAUGAAAUUUUUAUCGUAGAAACCAAUCCUAGAAAAUAUUGUGAAAUAGCUCGUACUUUUUCAUAAAAUCACGUUCUUAAAUAGUCUGUACUGAUUCUCACUGUCGAAUGCCAAUGCUGUAUGAUAAAUAGUUUUGCAUGUUGUUUUUUUUUGCAAGUAUUCAAAACUUUCGAGGAAAGUAUUUAACUGUGUAAACUCUUGCAUAUGAAAGGAGUUGUUUUCAAGACGAAGUAUAGGAUUGUUUUCUAGUAUGUUAUAGAAACUGACAGGAGAUGUGCUGCGUUGAAAGUAGCUGUCUGUUUUUUUUUCUAUCUCGAUAUGAUCGGGAUUUGUUAUUUAAGAUUUUACUAAAUCCUUACAAUAUAGUCUCUUCAAUUUUAAUUUUAACUUGUGUAAAAGAUGAACAAAAAAAGUUGAUGUCUAAAAAGAGACAUUCAGAUAAAA